AUGGAGCCUCGCGCCCGCGCAGGUCGUCACAAAGCGAGUCUCAAUUUUGGCCCGGAAUUAUCUGCACUCCUCUAUGCCUAUGGCGCUCCUACCCAUCCAGACAUCGUAAAACCCAUCGGGCGCUCGUCGCAGCAAUACCUCUCGACCCUCCCAACACCCAACACCACCCACCCGCCUACACCAUUCAACCAACCGUUUCCUGAGACGCUUCGCGUCCUCGACGAGAUCCUAACCGAUUUCAUUAUCGAAACGUGCCACAACGCCGUCAGUGUCGCGACGUACAGUGGACGCGCCAAGCUCAAGCUUUCCGACUUUGAAUUCGUCCUGCGCCGCGACAGUAUCAAGUUGGGUCGUGUGCAAGAGAUGUUCAAGAAAAAGCGCGACAUUGAUAACAAGAAGAAAUUGUUCGAUACCAAUGAGGGUCGUGAGGGGACUAAGAUGGCAGUAGGCGACCUCGUCAAUCUCGGCGAGGUUGUCGGUGAGGAGGGGACGGGUAAGGGCAAAGGACGAGGUCGGGGUAGGAGGAAGAAACGGGAUCGAGAUGAGGUUGAGGAUAUUGCUGGACUAGGUCAGAAUAAGGAAAAUGUGGGGGAUGACGAUUUAGAGGAACGUGCGAGCAAGAGAGCGAAGAGCGAAGUUGGUUGA